GUCCAGAAGUCCAAGGAGGCCAAGAUGAAGGCCGCCAUGGCCGGCGGUAAGUCCCGCAAGAAGAAGUGGGCCAAGGGCAAGGUCAAGGAGAAGCUCGCCAACCUGGUCAUGUUCGACAAGGCCACCUACGACAAGAUGCUGAAGGAGAUCCCCAAGGCGAAGUUGAUCACACCCUCUGUGGUCUCCGAGCGUCUGAAGGUGAACGGCUCCGUGGCCCGUGUGGCAAUUCGACACCUGGAG